AUGCUCGACAUUCACAAUAAAUUACAGUCCACCAUUGCGCAGUUCCAGAAUCUCAGAGAGUUUGCGCAACGGAGUUUUGUUGCGUAUAUUCGCUCGAUUUAUUUGAUGGCCAAUAAGGAUGUUUUUGAUGUGCAGUCAAUUGAUUGUAAAGCUUUAGCAGAGUCGUACGGUCUUGCUGUGGUACCGCGUGUUCGUUUUCUGGCCAGAGCUGGUGUGAUUGGAAAACAGAACGAGUCAAGAAGUGACUGGAAUCCGAGCGAAGAGUCUGAGAUGGGGCGAGUGGCUGAGGACGGAGUUGGUGAGAAGAAAAAAGAAAAAACAGCAUCCGAGUUGUUAGAAAUGAUAUUGAAAUCAGCGAAAAAUCGCAAAGAACAAGUGAAAACUGAAAAUGCUGAAACGGAACGCGAUCAGCAGCAGUUGAGUGGUGAAAGUGAUGGUGGUGGCGAUGGUAUGGAGGAGGAGGCAACGGAAGGGGAU